AUCCGAGUGGGGACAACCCCUCUGGGCUGACCCAGCCUCUGAAUGCACAGCUGCAAUGCCGCCUGCCCCUUGCUGGGGACCUGCCACAUUCCUGGCAACAUCGGAAUCUGCAGGACCUAUGGCGAAGGCUCCCUUAACAGCCAUGAGAAGGAGACCAUGCAGUUCCCGAGUGACCGGCUGGCCAGCUACCUGGAGAAGGUGCGCCACCUGGAGCGGGACAACAUGGAGCUGGAGACCCAGACCCAAGAGUCGAGCAAAUGCCAUGAGGCCACCGUGUGUCUGGACUAUCAGAGCCACUUCUGCACUAUUGAGGAGCUGCAGCAGAAAAUCCUGUGCAUCAAAUCUGAGAACAACAAGCUGGUCGUGCAAAUAGACGAUGCCAAGUUGACUGCUGAUGACUUCAGGACUAAGGCAGCAUUGACCACGGUCCAUCCUGGCUCUGGAAGCUGCUAUGCUGAUGCAGGCAGCACCUCAUCCUCAGAGGAGGGCAGGGAAAUCGCUGGAGGGGAUGGGAAGUGGGAGGAAGUCCACGCUCUGAAGUGUCAGCUGGGGGACCAGCUCCGGACGGAGCUGGAUGUGGUGCCUGCUGUGGACCUGGGCCGGGUGCUGGAGGAGGUGCGGUGCCAGUACGAGGCCCUGGAGGUAGAGCUGCAGGCUCAGCUCAUGCUGAACUCGCUGUGUGAAUCCGGGGCCCGCUUUGGCACUGAGCUGGUCCAGAUGCAGUGCCUCAUCAGCAACGUGGAGGCUCAGCUGUCAGAGAUCCGGGCUGACCUGGAGCGGCAGAGCCAGGAGUACCAGAUGCUACUGGACGUCAAGGCCUGGCUGGAGGGUGAGAUCGCCACAUGUCGGAACCUUCUGGAGAUUGAGGACUGUAAGCUCCCCUGCAACAUGUGCGCGACCCUAGGCUCCAGCACCUGUGCGGCCCCUGCAGCCUGCUCCACUGGCAAGUCCUUCGGGCAGCUGCCCAGCUUGGAACUUGCAGUCAAUAGCCACAUGAACCAGAAGUUCCAUAUUUAG